CAGUUGUAUUUCCGAUCAAUCCCCCGUGCGACACAAACCAAAAAUUCUCGAGUGAAAAUAAUUUUGUAAUUUCCAAAAAUUUGCCUUUGUUUUUCUCAUUUGUAAACGCAAAAUGCUGCCCACCAAAUCGAAACGCGUCGUGAAGGCGACAAAGGGCAAGGCCCCUGUGCCGCCCCACUGGGAGGCACCGAUUGUUCCGCCUCGCCGCGUCAUCAUCCCGCGUCCGGAUGUGCUGCACAACUAUUUGGAUCACAAGCAAAUCUGUCAGUACAUGGACUACCUGACCAAUCGGUAUCCGCACUUUGUGAGGACCUACACGCUGGGCCUGACGCACGAGCGGCGGGAGGUGCGCGCUCUGGAGAUCAACUGGAUGAACUCGGCGAAUGUGGAACUGUCGCAGCAGCUGCGAGAGCACUCCCCGCCGCCGGUGGAGAUGCCGCAGAACAGCAGAACGCCAUAUCCGGUGGUCAACAAGGGGGAUCAGUGCCGCAACACGAUCUUCAUUGAGGCUGGGACGCAUGCCCGCGAGUGGAUUGGCGUCACCACAGCCCUCAAUUGCAUCUAUCAGCUGACGGAGCGGCAUACACGCAACAUGGAGGUGCUGCGCAAGCUGCGCUUCAUCAUUGUGCCGCUGGUGAAUCCCGAUGGCUAUGAGUACUCCCGCACCAAGAAUCCGAAUUGGCGCAAGAACCGGCGUCCGCACAAGUCCACCAAAUUCGUGGGCACCGACUGCAAUCGCAACUACGACAUCUUCUGGAACAGCGGCUCCAGCAAGAUGAACCGCAACACAUACAAGGGGGAGCGGCCCUUCUCCGAGCCGGAGACGCGCGCCAUGCGCAACAUGCUGGAUCGCCUGGGGCCGAAUCUGUUGUUCUUCCUGUCGCUGCACUCGUACGGCCAGAGCAUCAUGUACCCCUGGGGCUACAGUCGGGAUCCGCCGCUCUUCUGGCGCGAGCUCAGCUCCCUGGCCAAUUCGGGCAAGUGCGCCAUCAAAUCCUACAACGGACGCGAGUAUCGCACCGGCAGCAUUAGUUGUCUCACAAAGCGCACAAUUGCCGGCUCCGUGGUCGAUUAUGUGUACGGGGUGUUGCGCGUGCCCAUGGCUCUGGUCAUGGAGCUGCCGUCGCGCGAUCUCGGCUUCCAGCCGCCCGUCGAGAUGGUCAGCCAGAUUGGCCACGAGAGCUGGUACGGCAUUCGGGAGAUGUGCAAGCGUGCCUACGAUCUGCGGCAUCAGAUCAAGCGCGAGACGGAGCCAUCGCUGCCGGCCCCAGCCAGGUUCCAGGCCGGCGCUGGCGAUGGUGCCGGCGACGAGUGUGCUUCCAUGGACAGCAAGCCACGGGCCGCAAAGGCAGUGGCCACUGCGGGCGGCGACAGCGACGAGAAGAAGACGACGCCCAAGAAGACCAAGAAGCGGGUGAAGCGUACGGUGCGUGCCCAGCACGAGGCCAUCGUGAAGCUGCAGAAGAGCAGCAAGGCAGCCGCCACACCAGGCCUGCUCCCAGCUGGACUCUAUCCCCGACAAAUGCCCAAAGUGGCCUCCGCACCGCCAGUGCGUGCUCGUGGCGGACAGGGCGAUGGACCCAUGCCACUGCUGAACGUUCGCGGCAAGCCACCAGCCUCCUCCCACAUGCCGCUGGGCAUCUUCCUGUAGACAUUCGUUGUGGUGCCUGUGCCUUGCGUUAGUUAAUAAAUUAAAUGUGUUGGCCAACUUCCACUGGGAUUGGGUUAAUUACACCCAGUCGAUCA